AAAUACGAGUGAAAACCAUUUUUGUUGUGUCGGAGGAGAUUGGUGAGCAUAAGGAAGGAGGUAAACUAUGGGAAAGUCUCUUGUCUGGUUUGAGAGUCUUUUUAAUUUAAACAACGAGAACUCAUAUUCGAAUUUAAAGCUUGUUACAACUAUGAAAAUACGAGAAUUAACAUUAGGACUUCGUCUCAUUGUUUUUUUUUAGUAAAUGUGAUAAUAUCGUAAGAAAUUUCUCAAGAUAUAGUAUAUGAAUUAUUAGUAUAAGUAUCUUAUCCUCCUAAACAAGAAUUUGCACAAAAGGCCAAAAAAAAAAAAAAAAAAAAAAAGGAAAAAGGAAAACUCGAAAACAAGACUGAGGUUGGAUUCCCUUAAAAGUGUAUACAGAGAUGUCCCUAUCUUGGGCGCGCUUGCAUGCAUGCAUGUAUGAAAAUUAACAGACAAUAUCAAUCCAUAUAAAGAACAAGUCCCAUGAAUAUUAACAAAAAUAAAAUAAAAAAUCACAACCAACUCACGUUAGUAAGUUUCUGAAUCAAAUUACAAAUUUUCUUUUGCCAAUAAAAUCUGCCCGAGAUUUGAUAUUAUCCUACAAAUAUAUAUAACUCACCAAAUCUUGUCUGAUAUAGUAGAUUGAUGAUUGUGCAUCCAAUGUAUACCGUACAACAGAAAAUCUCCUGCAUUAAAUUCUCGUUCAAAACCAUAUCUCCUGGUCUGUGCUUUCGUCUCAUCUCCCAGGAGCCAUGACUAGAACGAAAGUGAAACUGACCUACAUCAGCAACGACUCGUCGCGAAAGGCCACGUUCAAGAAGAGAAGGAAGGGUUUGAUGAAGAAGGUGAGCGAACUCAGCACCCUUUGUGAUGUUCAGGCGUGCGCGAUUAUUUACAGCCCGUAUGACUCCCAGCCGGAGCUCUGGCCAUCGCCGUUGGGAGUCCAGCGGGUUCUUGCACAGUUCAAGACCUUGCCGGAGAUGGAGCAGAGCAAAAAAAUGGUGAACCAAGAGAGUUUCCUGCGGCAGCGGAUCGCCAAGGCCAACGAGCAAUUGAAGAAGCAAAGGAAGGAGAACCGCGAGAAGGAGAUGACGAGAGUGAUGUUCCAGAGUCUGAUGGGAAAGUCCCAGCUCCACGGUUUGAGCAUGGUUGAUUUGAACGAUUUGGGGUGGCUGAUUGACCAGAAUUUGAAGGAGAUCGACAACCGGAUGAAGAAUCUGAAUGAACAGGAUUCUAAAAGCCAAGUGCAACUACAACCAACGACGCUGCCUGUAGCUGCUGCAACUGUGCCGGAGCGUGGAGUGGAGAGGCAGCAGGGUUUUGAGCUUAACAAUAAUGUGGGCAUGGCGGUUCAAAGGCAGCAGCAGCCGUUUUUCAUGGACAUGAUGAACGUCCCACAAGAUCAUCAGCAGCAGCAAAUGGCAGGGAUUGGUGGUGGAUAUGAGAUGAAUAUGCUGCCGUUUGCUGCGGAUCAGUGCCAAAUUAAUGCUAUUUGGUCCAAUAGUUCAUUUUACCCUUGAAAAUUGCUUCUGUUAAUGGUUUGUUUUUAUAAUUUAGCAUCGAACCAUGGUAGGGUUUUAGUGUUAAGGCUUGAAAACAGUGCGUGUUGUUCAGCCUUUGAUUAAUUUUAUGUAAUAAAGUUAGACCACAACAAAUGAUGUUUUCAACUUUUAAUAAUCUAUGAAAUGCGGCUCUGUUUCAUAUC